UCUAACAGAUUCUCACAGUUAGUAUCGUUCUCUUGAAUAUUGUCUAUAGGCGAGGCAUCCAGAGGGUUUUAUGGAAAAGUAGAUAGAGACAGAAUGUCCGAGACCCCAGUGACGUAUCAGGUUCUUGUAUGUAUGGUUUGAUAAGAUCUAGACGCAACCAACUAGAGCAAAGUAAUAUUAACAACGGCAAAAAAGGCAGAAUCCUUGUUUGGGGAUAUGAUUAAUAAUAUGGUUAAGCAGCAGGUCCUAGCCAGUCUAACCAGAUUCAAGUCAUACCAAGAAGCAGUGGGAGAAGAGGGCAAGCAUGCGACCAAGGAUGUGAUCAUCAACGAGCAACUCAAUCUGAAAAACGAUAUAUAUGGCCAGGAUAAAGCUAAAUUGAAAUCGUCAGAAACCUCCAGGUACUUCACCUGUGAUAAUUGUGGAAGGAAAAUAGCUGGUGGUCGGUUUGCUCAGCAUAUGACCAAGUGCCUUGAACGAAAGAGAAGAUAGCUCUUCAGGGGUAUCAAGGUAUUCUCACGGGUGAGGACUCAGAUACCAAGUAGAAUUUGUAUAAUAUAUAUUCUUAGCAUAUAAAAUAGUAUAGCAUAACUUAAUAAACUUAUUGGGA